GGGGAAAAGACACAGCUGCCCGGUUAACAGGACAUGCUGUGUGUGUGUGUGUGUGUGUGUGUGUGUGAGACUGCUAACCACCCACAAAGGCCAAGUAAACUCGCUGAACAGACAGAUGAGCCAACAGAGACAGUGAUGGAAAUAAACAGGGAGAUGUCUGUGCAACGGAACUGGGGCGCAGUGUGUGAAGAAGAGCCGAUGAGGUAAAGCAAGCCAAAGCAAGCCACUGUGGAUCACCUGCUAUCUGUUAGCCCUAACCCUCAGUGACCCUGCUGCCUACUUUCUACCCCCAUCUCUUCAAGAGGAGGCUGGGCUCCCUCUGGGCGCAACAAACACCAUGUGCCAAAACUGGAGAGGACUUACCAUUGCCCCAUAGACAGCCACACCUCCUGUGAACCGUCCCCUCUAGGACCAUCCUAAUCCUCCACAUCGCCCACUGGCCAAGAUGAUGAAGGUGGCGGCAUGGUCAGCAGAGGACGUCUCCGAUUGGCUGAGCAAGGAGGGGAUGCCGGAGUACAUAGAUGCCCUCCGUCGGACUGAUGGUCCUGCCCUGCUCAGGCUCACAGAGGCAGAUUUCAAUAUGCCUCCCCUCUCGCUGGUGGCGUCUGAUGGCGGGCAGCAGCUGUUGGAGCGACUGGAGACACUGCAGAUAGAGACUCAUAUAGAGGCUCACAAAAACGGCCACGCAAACGGGCACGCCGGUGGGCUACCUAACGGAACUAGCAAGCCUCAGAGGAAUGGCACAUUGGGGAUGAAAGACUUCAGAAGGGAGAUGGUCAAGAUCCCCAUCCCUACAAUGGAAACUACACGGCCCUCAUUCCCCGCCGAGUGGGGGAAGACGGGCAUAGCAUUCUUGUAUGCGGUGGUGUGCUUUGUCACCACCACCGUCGUCAUUUCAGUGGUCCAUGAGAGAGUACCGCCAAAGGAGCAUACCCCACCACUGCCAGAUAAGUUCUUUGACCUGUUUAACAGGGUGGAGUGGGCCUUCUCCAUCUGUGAGAUUAACGGCAUGCUGUUGGUAGGACUCUGGCUCAUACAGUGGAUCCUACUCAAGCACAGGUCAAUUAUAGGCAGGCGGUUCUUCUUCAUUGUGGGCACACUCUAUCUGUACCGGUGUAUUACAAUGUACAUCACCACUCUGCCUGUUCCUGGGAUGCACUUCAAAUGCUCUCCAAAGCUGCUCGGGAACUGGGAGGCACAGACGAGGAGAAUAAUGAAGAUGAUUGCUGGUGGGGGCCUAUCAAUCACAGGUUCCCACACCAUGUGUGGAGAUUAUCUGUAUAGUGGCCACACUGUCAUGUUAACACUAACAUACCUCUUCAUCAAGGAGUAUUCUCCCAAGCGGUUCUGGUGGUACCACUGGUUUUGCUGGGUGUUGAGUGCUGUGGGGAUUUUCUGCAUCCUUCUGGCACAUGACCACUACACUGUGGAUGUGGUGGUUGCAUAUUUUAUCACUACACGCCUCUUUUGGUGGUACCACACUAUGGCCAACCAGCAGUCACUGAAGGAGACGUCUCAGAGUAACCCUUUCUCGCGGGUGUGGUGGUACAGACUGUUCCAAUACUUUGAAGCGAACGUCAACGGCACGGUCCCUCGUAACUAUCAGCUCCCGUCGUCAUGGCGAGCGCUGCAGUGGAACCGCGGUGUGAAGUACAGCAAAUUGGACAUCCAGUGACCCUUAUCAUGUCGGGAGGACUAUGACUUCCAUAAGUGCUGUUUUACCGAUGGAAGAUGGCACUGUUAAAUGUAGCGCGCUGUCCUUUCACCUGUAGUAACAGACACAUCCCUGUCCAAAUGGAUAGCACUGUGACCCACCUAGUAAUUUCUUUUCUUUGUUUGUGUGUGCGUGUGUGUGUGUGUGUGUGUGUGUGUGUGUGUGUGUGUGUACACAUAGACGCACACAUACACACACACACACACAUUAUUUUUGUUUUCUGUCAUCCAUUUUCUCUUCUGGUAGUAUUUGUCAACACAGAGCACUAAUUUAUAUUUGUUUUGUGUCUUUUUCCUCUUCGUGGGCCACUUAACAUUUUCUGCUUUUGUAGCAGAUCAAUGAAGCAUUUCGACAAACUUUUAAAACUCAAACUGGUUUUUGGCCAUAAGGACUCAAAUAAUUGUUUUCCUCUCGCACAAAAUCAUAGUUAAUGUCUUCAUGUUCUUACAAGAUUUUUUAGUGCAGAUGGUGUCAAUCAAAUUUGAUAACCAAAAUGCCAUAAGCAUUUUUUUUUUUAUAGCAAAUUACUUUUUGUAAACAGUCCUUGCUAAAAUGAGUCAAAGGUGCAAAAAAAUAAUUUUUUUAAGUAUGUCAAACUUUAUUUUUCAAAAACAAAUGAUGUCCAAGAAAAGAUUUUUUAGAUUUUUACCUUUUUCAAGAUGGAUAACUGAGAGCAUAAGAAUCUAAUGUGGUAUAACAUUAUUCCAGUGCCUUUCUUAGCUUGAUUGUAAAGCAGUUCAAGUACUAUGUGUCUUGUGUCUCUGUGCCGCAGGUGUGACCACACCGUGGUACGAGGUGGUACUUAGUUAACAGUCUCGUUCCCAUGAAUGUAAAAACAACUACGCCAGCCUUACCAGAAAAUUGGUUUUCCCAAAAUUAAGUGCAGUCAGUGAAAUGUCCCAUUUAUUUAUUGAUGCUUUAUGAUGUCAGUUUGUGUUUAGUUGGUUAAUGCUGUUCUAACAGAAAAGAAUGACUGUUAAUUGUAUUUUUUAUGUCCGUAACAUUUCAUUUUUACCAGUCUUUAACCAACACCAGCCAUGUUCAAAGCCCAACCAUUGAUGCUCAGUCACCUGUGGACACCCACACAUCUGCUAGCUUUACUUUCCACCACAUCAGUAUCUGCUGGGCGUCACUGCCUGAUUGGAAAUUGCCGAAUACAUUUCUCAGAGGUGCAGAGUUAAGUUAUUCUGGACCUCACUCGUGUGCAUCAUCGCUGCAUCUCUUUGCUCAGGAGAUAAUGAGCCCCUCUCUUGUUCCCCACAUGGAGUCCCAUUUCGAAAUCAGAAUGAUCCUCAUUCCUUGUCUUGCAAUUAUUUUGAUGAUGAGAUCUGGAGGAAAAUGUUCAAUGUGACACCUGUGUUGAGUUUAGGGAAUGUCAAAGUUGUCAAAUCAGAAGCUUUAGGCAGAGUUUCUGAGCAUGUCUGUGAUGAAUCUGUACUUGUUUUUGUAUGAUUUGUCUUGAACUAAAUCAAGCUGCUACUUUACAGUUUGAAGACAGUGUAUCUUCUACAUUGCCUCCUUCAGUGAAACGCCACAACUUUUUUACUAUAAGUAGCUCAACAUGGGACUUGCGUGCGGGGAACAAGCUGAAGCAUGGUGCACAGAGCUGAUAUAUUUGGGCUUAUGUGUGCUAACAGGAUACCAUUGAUUUCCAUGAAUGUGAAAUGCGUCCUUAUUGAUGAUCCUAAUCAUGUACUUGUUGACCUUUUUUAUUUUCUUUGCUUUUCUUUGUGUAACUAUGACUAAACUGUAAAGAAUUAAGUAUUGCACAAGUUCAUCUAUAGGGAAAGAUUUAACUCAUUAUGUGAAACUUUAAUUUCAAAUUAAACAGAUUAGUUUUGAUGAAGAGAAGCUGCACUAAACAUUAGAUUAUACAAUUUUCAAAUAAAUAAUGAUGAUGUAAUUUAAUUUCUUUCAACAAUGUCAGAGUGAGGAGGUGAGAAAAUAACAUUAUUUUCAAUGUGAGCUUAUGAUACCUUUCAAUGCCAACUAGAGUCUUGAUGUUUGAGACUAAUUACAGCACAGGCUUACCCUCCUCCCUGUAGCAUUGUCCGAUCAUUUCACUUUUACAGAGAAUGGUCUCAGCAGGUUCCUCACAUACGCCCAUAUUUUCAUUUGAGAUAAUGUUUGAAUUAAUGGUCCAAACGUGGCUCCCUGAUAAUGGUUGAGGGCUUCGAUAGGGAUGAAGGUUGGAGUUUAUGUUUGUCUUCUAGUUUGCCAAUCAGGUUGGAUUUUCUUUUUGUCUCUUAAGAAAUGAAAGUUGGUUCUCCUGUUUGUUUUCUCUGUAAACUUCUCACCCACUUUGUCCUUUUUUUUUUGGUGUAUACCAGGUGUUUGUAAGAUAUGAUAAAGGAUUCUACUUGGGACGCUUUUGAAUAAAACAUUUUACUAUAAUGUA